AUGAGUACAACACAAACACCACCACGAAACAUUGUUCCACCCCCUCGACCGUCCCACAGUGGCUUACCAAACUCGUCGCCUGCAGCAAGAAGCCCACCAACCAACUUACAGACUUCCUCUUCUAAGACUUCAGAAAAUAAAUAUAUAUACGAACAGACAUCUAUUGACCGUCCACUCAUACCUCAACGCUCAGCUCCGCCGCCACCUAAAUCUGCGCAAAAAUCUGUACAAAUGAGCAGCAGCGCUUCUGGCUUAAAUCAUAAUGGCAGCUUAAAGUCCAACUCUCCGAUAAGUAAACCACGGCGGGGAUCUCCGAACUCGAAGAAAUCUACAAGUUUAGGCCCACCGCCUAGACCGCCUCGUUCGAACGUUAGUCCUCCAAUGAACCAACCGCCAUUAGCAAGGAGUCCAUCGGCUGGUAGUGCUUUAACGAAAUCGAAUGAAUCCCCUACCUCGCAAAAGCAUGCACCAGGUAGUUCUCUGAAAGGAGCACCCGCCAUCAAUGUGCAUGGAGACAUAAUUCAACCGACAAAUGAGAAAGACGGGAAUAGCAGAUCAUUCAAAGGGGUAUUGAAUAAUUUGGUUAGUUCAAUGUCAGAUCUUUUAGCGCCACCAAAAAGAGUAGAAAUUUCAUCACCUUAUGACCCAGUGCACUUGACACACGUUGGAUUCAAUCAAGAAACUGGAGAAUUCACGGGUUUACCAAAAGAAUGGCAACAAUUGUUGCAAGACUCUGGAAUUUCAAAACAAGAUCAACAAGCUCACCCUCAAGCUGUGUUGGAAAUUGUGAAGUUCUACCAAGAUACGGAGGGUGGAAAGAAUCCGAAUGCCAUUUGGGAAAAGUUCAAUAAUGCCACAAUAGAUAAAUCACCGACUAAUUUACCAUCUCCACGUGUAGAAAAGCUAUUUGAAAAUCCUGUGGGUAUUAAGAUCUCUAGAACCGCACCACCACCACCGGAAAAAAGAAAACCACCACCACCGGCUGUUCCAGCAAGACCGCCGAAUUCACCGGAUUUCAAGCACUAUAACAACGGUCAAAAGUCACCAGGAACUACAUCUAAACCUUCACGAAGCAACCAAGAUCCUCCAAGACUUCCACCCAUACAACCGUUACCUCCACUCGAAAGUAAGACAAUGCCAACUUCCGUUCAAAAACCGAUUAGCAAGCCACCUCGUCCAAAGGAAGGCAACAACCAAGGGCCACCCACGGUCCCUCCCGCACCUAAAGUUCCACAGUUUAACAACGCCUCGCCUGUUACCAAGCCGCCACAACCUGGUAGUCAAAGACGACGGGACCCUCGCAAAGGAGCAGCAAAAGAUAACACUGAUGUUAUCGAAAGAUUGAAGGCCAUCUGUACCGAUGCCGACCCAACGAAGUUAUAUCGAAAUUUGGUUAAAAUUGGUCAAGGUGCUUCUGGAGGUGUUUACACUGCAUAUCAAGUUGGAACGAAUAUGUCUGUUGCCAUUAAGCAAAUGAACCUAGAACAGCAACCAAAAAAGGAUCUCAUUAUUAACGAAAUAUUGGUUAUGAAAGAAUCGAGGCAUCGUAAUAUUGUAAACUUUAUUGACAGUUUCCUUUGGAAAGGGGAUCUUUGGGUUGUGAUGGAAUACAUGGAGGGUGGCAGUUUAACGGACGUUGUGACAAGUAAUAUAAUGACCGAAGGCCAAAUUGCUGCCGUGUGUAGAGAGACACUGGAAGGCUUGGCACAUUUGCAUUCAAAGGGUGUCAUUCAUAGGGACAUCAAAAGUGAUAAUGUUUUAUUGGCGUUGAAUGGGGACAUCAAACUGACUGAUUUUGGAUUUUGUGCGCAAAUUAAUGAGAAUCAUAAUAAACGCACGACAAUGGUUGGGACUCCAUAUUGGAUGGCGCCUGAAGUUGUGACACGUAAGGAAUACGGACCCAAGGUUGACAUAUGGUCAUUAGGAAUCAUGGCCAUUGAGAUGGUUGAGGGAGAACCACCUUAUUUGAACGAAAAUCCUUUGAGGGCAUUAUACCUGAUUGCCACAAACGGAACGCCCCAAUUGCAAAAUCCAGAGAGUCUAUCAACUGUCUUUCGGAAAUUUUUGAAUGAAUCCUUGGAAGUAGAUUCAGAAAAGAGACCAACGGCAGUCGAACUUCUCAAGCAUCCAUUCUUGCAGAAAGCCGAACCCUUAAAGUCACUUGCACCAUUGAUCAAAGCUGCAAGAGAAAAUGCGAAGAGGGGUUAA